AUGGCUUCUUCCUUUCUGCUGUCCACCCAGUCUCCUUUUGCAGUCUUCCUCUUCUUCUCGCUCUUCAUGGUUGGCACCACUUCAAUUCAUGGUGCAGGCGCUUCUGCUUCCUCCAUUCCUGUUUUCGCUAUCAAUGCGACUGAGAAUAAGGAUGAAGCGGAGGCUCUCCUGAAUUGGAAAUCCACUCUCGACAACCGUAGCCAAGCUCUCCUCUCUUCAUGGCAAGGCAACAACCCUUGCCGCUUUACCGGUGUCGCUUGUGACUACCAUGGAGCCAUUGCCCAUGUAAAUCUUUCCAGUCUCGGUUUGGGAGGAACUCUAGACGGCCUCGACUUCUUGCGCUUAACUGGUGUGGUCAGCUUUGACCUUUCCAACAACUCAAUCCAUGGCUCCAUUCCCUCCAGUAUCGGUAACCUUUCCAAACUCAACUAUCUUGAUCUUUGUCCAAAUAAACUGUCCGGGAACAUUCCUGCAAGUAUAGGCAUGCUGGGGAGUCUUCAUUCUUUGUUCCUAUGUGAAAAUCAGCUUUCUGGACCCAUACCUUCAACUAUCGGGAGGCUCACUUCUCUUAUCGAACUUGAGCUAUCAACAACAAAGCUCACCGGCUCAAUUCCUCGUUCCAUCGGAAACUUGACAAGUUUAUCUCUUCUUUACCUCUAUCAAAAUGAACUUUCGGGACACAUACCUUUAGAAAUCGGGAGGCUCACUUCUCUUAUCGAACUUGAUCUAUCAGAAAACAAAUUCACGGGCUCAAUUCCUCAUUCCAUUAGAAACUUGACAAGUUUAUCUCUUCUCCACCUCUUUGAAAAUGGACUUUCGGGACCGAUACCUUCGGAAAUCGGGAGGCUCGCUUCUCUUAUCGAGCUUGAUCUAUCGAAAAACAGACUCAUCAGCUCAAUUCCUCGUUACAUCGGAAACUUGACAAGUUUAUCUCUUCUUCAACUCUUUGAAAAUGGACUUUCGGGACCGAUACCUUCGGAAAUCGGGAGGCUCAUGAGUUUAUCUAUUCUUCACCUCGAACAAAAUGGACUUUCAGGAUCGAUACCUUCAGAAAUUGGAAGCUUGGCCAAUCUAACUAUAUUGAACCUUGCCGACAACAAAUUCUUUGGUUCCUUGCCUUUCGAAUUCAAUAAGUUAACGCGGUUGACUAGUUUGCAGCUAUAUAACAAUAAACUAGAGGGGGAACUGCCAAAAGAUGUAUGUCUUGGGAGAUCAUUGCAAAAUUUCAGCGCUACCAAUAAUCAUUUCACGGGCCCCAUCCCCACAAGCCUAGAGAACUGUAGCACAUUAAUCAGAUUGAGGCUCGAGAGAAACCAACUUACUGGAAACAUAACAGAAGCUUUCGGAAUAUAUCCACAUUUAGAUUUUAUUGACUUGAGCAGCAAUCAUUUGAACGGCGAACUUUCAUGGAAAUGGGAGCAUUGUCGUAAUCUAACGAGCUUGAGGAUAUCAAAUAACGACAUUUCUGGUGAGAUACCUGCGAUAUUUGGACGGAUGGCUCAAUUACAGCUACUGGACCUUUCUUCAAAUUAUUUAAGCGGAGAGAUUCCAAGGGAAUUGGGAAGCCUGUCGAUGCUAUUAGAACUCGAUUUAAGCAACAACUCGAUCAUGGGAAAUGUCCCCACUGAGAUUGGACUUUUAUCCCAUCUGACACAACUGAACUUGGCAUUAAACAAUUUGAGCGGAUCGAUACCAGUGCAGUUAAGCUCUUGCAAAAACUUGUGGAGCUUGAACUUGAGCAUAAACAAAUUUCAGAGAAGCAUUCCUCCUGAGAUAGGCAACACACAAGUCCUCGAGGUUCUUGAUCUCAGUUAUAAUAUUUUGUCAGAAAAUAUACCAGGAGAGCUUGCAAAACUGAGAAACUUGCAAGUUUUAAAUAUCUCCCACAAUAGCCUGUCUAGUUCCAUCCCACAGUCUUUUGGUGAUAUGUCGGCCCUGACUUCUAUCGAUGUAUCCUACAAUGACCUGGAAGGUCCUCUCCCAAAUGUCAAAGCUUUCAAUGAGGCUCCAUUCGAGGCAAUUCAACAUAACAAAGGGCUCUGUGGAAACGUUGUUGGUUUGCCGAAAUGCAAUUCCACUAGGAGCAAGAAGCACAAUCGACAUGUUGGAGCAAAAAUCACAAUUAUCCUUAUUCUCUCAUUCUUGGGGUUUCUCCUUCUCUCUUGCACCUUUAUCGUUCUAAUAAUCGUCUAUAAUCGUCGAAGAAGGAUUAUCAAGAGAGAGGACAAUGAAGGGGCAACGGAUGUGGACUUCGAGCGUAUUUUGGGUUAUGAUGGCAAAGUUUUCUAUGAUCGAAUCGUUGAGGCCACGGAAGGAUUUGACUCCAAGUACUAUGUGGGUGAAGGGGCAUAUGGAAUAGUUUAUAAAGCGGAGAUUUCAGAAGGUCAAACGUUUGCUGUCAAGCAAACCUGGUCAUCCCGUGAAGAUACUGAGAUCGCUGAUUUGGUGCCAUUUGAAAGGGAAAUUCAAGCCUUGUCAAAUAUAAGCCAUCGCAACAUCGUGAAAUUUUAUGGCUUCUGCUCUCAUGCCCAACGUUGUUUUUUGGUCUAUGAGUACUUGGAAAGAGGAAGCUUGAGAACAACUUUGAACGAUGAUCAAAGAUCAAUAGAAUUUGGAUGGGACAAGAGGAUAAAUGUGGUCCGAGGAGUUGCGGAUGCAUUGUCCUAUAUGCAUCACGAAUGUUGUCCUCCGUUGAUUCAUCGAGACUUGACCAGUAACAACAUUCUAUUGGAUCGUGAUUAUGAGGCUAUUGUUUCCGAUUUUGGCACCGCAAGACUAUUGAGACCGGAUUCAUCAAACUCGACAGCCAUUGCUAGUACCAUCGGGUAUAUUGCUCCAGAGCUGGCUUAUUCUUCAGUUCCUACCGAAAAGUGCGAUGUGUAUAGCUUUGGAGUCAUCGCAUUGGAGAUAAUCAUGGGAAAGCAUCCGGGAGAUCAUGUCUCUCAAGAGUGUUCAUCAUCCGUCCAAACUAAUUUGAUGAUGUUGAAGGAUGUGCUGGAUCAACGUCUCUCACCUUCUAGACUUGGCCUUCGAGAUGCGCAAGACGUGGUCUUGAUUGCCAAGCUAGCGUUCGAGUGCUUGCAAGCCAAUCCGAGGCUUCGACCUACCAUGGGACAAGUCUCACGUGAGCUUCGCUUUCAAGUACCCGUGGAUAUAACACUCUCCGCAGUCAGCUUAGAACAACUUCGCAAUCCCAAUUUAAAAAAAUUUGGAGCAUUUCAGGUGAUGGUAAGAUUUGAAGUUUUCAUGUGUUAUUGUGUCUGAUUUUCACUUAUGAUGACAACCGCCUUCCGAAUAUUUUUGAGUUCUCACCAAUCCCAACUUGUAAUUUUUUUUAUUUUCAUUGCAGAGCUAGGUGCGAUGUUUAUAGUUUGAAGUCGUGACACCAGAAAAAAUUGUGGGAAGAUUUCUGGCAAGAUCCCAUUUCACAAUUAUUUCCAUCUUUUUGCAAAGUGAUCAGGAAGUGAAUUUGUAAAAAUGGUCAACAUCUUUUGCCAUCUCUGAUACGAGAUGUAAAGAACAUGUAGUUUCCUUUGCUGUAAGAGAUAAUAGUACUAGCAAUAUGUGAACUUUUAUCGAUGUGUUAUGUCAUACUUGAAUUUUGGAUUUAUUCCACUAAAUCAA